UGGCUGUAUAUCCACUUCUGGCUCCCUGUGGGACCACUGUUAUUCUCAUGCGUUUCCUACCCUUCUCCCCAGUACCAUGGUCUCUCCUUACUUUGUUAUUCCCCCAGUGCCUCUGGCCCACAGUCCUCCAGGAUCCGUCCCUAGUUCCUGAGCUCAUGCACUCUGAAAGAAGACAUAACUUUCCUUCUUCUGAAAAAGAGAACUUAACAAAAACCAGAAUAGCAGCAGGGUAGACAUAAAUAUGCAGCUAGUGCUGCCACUGCCCCUGCCCCUCACCUUCCCAUCCUUCCUUUCUUAAUCAAUCUUCUUCCAUGCUUUACACUGCUAUGAGGUCAUGGGCCUUUUCCCCACCUGCUUGCUAUUUUUUUCCUUUCCCUAGAAGAUAAUCUAUGUUACCUGCUAGAUCCAGGUGGACUCAGUCCACCUGCCUCAGAUGUCCCUGAGGAAGUGAAGGGGAAAGCUGAUGAUCAUUGGUCACGGCCAUUGCCCAUGACCUGAUUGCUCUGCGCCUGUGGUCUCUGAUCACUCUUAGACCUACCACCAUAGCUGAAAUGACCACUGUCAAAGCUGUCACAGUACCAGUGAGACGAUAACUUCACCAUUGGCAGGAGCAAAAUAGGACUCCAGCCCACAGAUGUCGGAACCUCCUCCCUAGGGACUUGUUCCUUCUCCUCCCUUUCUCAGUAAGAGGGCCAGGAGUAAAGAAAAGCAGGUACCUGGCUCAGAAGACUUCCUAGAUGGUUGCACAGUUCCCUAUCCCCUAGCCCAGCAGUUCUAGGGCACUGCUCCUAGCAUACACACCCAAACCAGAACAGGAGGGAAGGUUCAGGAGGAGCUGGUGUGAGGCUGCAGGGACCCCCACUUGUGUAUGGUGGUUGUCAGUCCCCAGCACAUCUAUCUGUAAGGCUCUUUAAGUAAGACUUUUAUUUAUGCUAUUAUCUUCUUAAGAGGAGUGAUAGGGCAGGAAGGUAGUGGCCAAGGAGCCAGGCAGUCAUCAACAUAUCACUAGGCUGUAAUGGUUUCUUUUAUUUAAUCAAUGUAAUUGCAAACCUUAGUGUAGACACUGAGAUAACCUUUCAGAGCACACUCAGUUCCCUGUGACACGAUUCCCUGGAGUUUUCCAAUGCAUACAGCUGGGCCACCUGAGUCACCCUGGAGAGAAAAAUUUAGAAGCAUGAGCUGAUCUCACCUCGAAAGGUUUUGACCUGGUACAAAAAAAUCCAGGGAAUGCAAAAAUGAAGUGCCGCAAGUCAUGAUCUGGGAGCACAGAAAGAUAGCACCCCUUAUUUGCUGACUCCCCUAAUCCCAACAAUUCACUGCUACUGCACUCAGUGCCCAGCAGAUGUAGCUGGACCUGCUAGUUUGGGUGAAGUCCAUUCUGUGCUGAAACCCUCCUGGAAGGAUACUGUGUCAGAACAGAAAACCUGGAGAUGAGGAGGCCUAAGCGCUCUGCCAAGCUCUGACAUAUGCUGUGCGCCUGAGGCACCCUCAAGUGUGUGACCCAGGGCUCUGUGCAGACAUCAAUGCUUACCUGGCAUGAGUCUUUCCCACCAUCCAGGAAUCUUACACAGAUCAUGUUGCUGGUGAUCUGGCCUGGGUAAGCCUAUUGGCACUUCUGGUUACUCAGAACUGGAGCUCUCAGUCACUGGAGAACCUUAGAGAAAUUGGCUGCUAGGACAGCAGCGAAAAUUAGGUUUUGUCUUGGGACUCAGCACUGUCAGUGAAGAGAGAAACCUGUAGAUCUAUAUGUGAGAGCCAUCCAGCAAAGCAGGGCAACCCCUUCACCUGCAUGAGCAAAUGCAAAGGGCAUUGUUGAUUGAGGCACACUGGCAGGACCGUUUGGGGAACAUGCAGGCAGAACAUGGAAAGGCUGCAAAGCAGGAGUGAAACGUACAGGGAUCUCAUGAGCCUGGCAGUAAAGCAGAAGAAGCGUGACCAGAUACAUGCAACAUACACUGAUACUCACAGCCACUGCUCAGUGUGUUUCCUCAUCUUGAAAAAGGCACUUGGGACCCUCCUUGGCACAGGAGCUGGGCAGAGCUGUGGGUUGAAUGUCAGCACUGUAGUCCAUGGUGGUUGCCAGCUUGAUCAACAUAAUGUCAUUAUCAAGGCUUCUUGAAUCAUAUCUAGGAUGGUGAAUUAUUAAUGCGGCACUCCUGACUAGUUCACUGUGUUCUUUCACAUCAGCGUUGUACUCUCCCAUCCUCACUUGUAUAUGCCUGCAAAAUUGCCAGCAGAGAAGAGCAGCAAUUAACCAUGGGUAGAACAACUUGGUGCCACAUGGGGACUGGCAGACACUUGGAAUAGAGUAAGGGAGUGUUGCCCUAAUCAAAGGUGCAUGUGUCACAGAGCUCUAGGAGCUUUAUGAUUUCAUGAAAGACAGAGUCUGGAGAGCCUUGCUAGUUGGGUAUCCUGUCCAGUGGAUCCCCAGCUGGCAACUGUGGAAUUGGUGCCAGAAUAGAUGGAUCACUUCAGACACUGAGAGCAAUGCUUAGGGAAGGAAGAUUACAUUUCCUGUUGCAGAAGAGCAUGAUCCUUGAUCUGUGCUCUCUCUGCAGAGGUAUGCCCUAAAAUUAGGACAAGAAAGAUCCAUGGAGAAAUCUGGAGGAAUGCAAAUGUGCACAGAAGGGCAUGUUAGGACGCACAGAAAAGGAUGCCGAGAGUGCAGGUAUAUUAGAAAGAUCAUGUAAUGCAGUGAGACAGAAGGUAGUGUUUCUCCUUUGGUGUCAGAUACACCAUGUGCUGCCACCUUGGAUUCUCUUCUUUUGGUAGGCAUCGUAUUCCAAAUCUGGUGACUUUGCAAGAUUUGACUAGAAUCCAGAUACACAACCCAAUCCAUACUUACGAUUUCUAGCAGUGAGUAGCUGACAGGAACCACUGGUUGUUGGUGAGUGAACCACCGCAGAAGUGAUACCCAACAUUCAAGGACACUGGUAGGGAACUGAAUGCUCUGGGCAACUGUAGCGUCCCACAAUCUUGUCAUCAUCAGCAUCUCCAGGAAAAGCAACUGAGAGAAAGAGGACUGAGUUUCACAGCACCAGACCUGAAUCCAUUCUCUUAAAGUGUAGCAGUAGCCAAUGAGCUACAGAGGAAUUAGCAAGAGCUGAAAGUUUGAAACAUCAGAAGUCUUCACAGCAACUCCUGAAAUAUCAUCCUGAGUUUUUUUCUGUGCUACUCUGAAACAUGAGGCUUCGUCUUUACCACCCUGAGUCAGGAAGAGAACAGAAGAGCCUAGAAGCUGCCAAAGAACUUCACAAAUGAAACGUGUGCAGCCUUCACACUGACACCUUCACUUCCAUGGCACCUUUGGAACAUGAUGCAACAGCUGUGUCAUGGUGGAAAGCACAUGGUGCACAUUUGUGUAGGUUGAGAAAUGGAAAAUGGCAAAUGCAGUUGAGAGUGUCGGCAGAAUUUUAAUUUGCUGGGGGGAAGCCGGGAGUGAGCAAGAGAGGAAGGAAGCCAUGGUAGUGAAGAAAUCAGAGAGAACAUGAAGGCUCGGCAGAAUUCGAGGCUGAUGUUAUAGCAGAAUGUAAGAAAGAACGUGUAAGUUAUUUGUUGAAACCACUAGAACAGUGGUCUCCAAACAUUUUUCAUUGUGCACCCCUAUCAGUAAAAUACUUUUGAGCACACACCCCGAGUAUAUGUAUAUUUAGUAAUUGAUAAUUAUAUAUGUGUAAUACUGAAGUUCUAAUGUUUUCUUCCCACAUGCCAGUGGAUCGUCAUGCGCACCCCCAGGGGUGCAUGGACUCCCCUUUGGAGACCCCUGCACUGGAACAUUGUAAACCAGGAGCCUCUGUCUGACCAUCGAUUGGAGAUGCAAAGAGCAGAAGAUGCAAAACCCUUCCCCAGACACUCUCCUCCUGGCUUCCACCAACUGGGGACUUGAUGGUCCUAGGUCACAUGGGGUGCCUUUCAACCAGCUCCUCCCAGGCAGGAGAGACUUGGGAAAAGAGAAUCAAUGGCACCUCCACCACCAAGCUCUGCGAGAUGUACAAGGACUAGCUUGAGAAACUCCUCUGCUUUAUGCUCCUGGGAAGCUUUAUCUCUGUCAGCCUGCGGUCUUGCCAGGUUUCCUUUUCCCAUGAUCUUACAUCAGCCUGGACAAACCUAUUUACUUUAUCUGAGUCCAGUGGUGAUACAGUUGACUGAAAUACUUGAACUAGGAACAUAGCUUUCUAGAAAUGCAAGCUGCCAUUGCUUGUCCAUUGAUAAUAACUAACACAUCUGCCUUCCAUUCACCAAUCCUCCUCCUUCCCGUGUCCCUGGACCCACCAGCAUCCUGCUGCAGCAUCACUGCAUUAAAUGAGAAACUUGUCUGCAGCUGGAGAUGUAUCCCCGGAGUGUAUUUUUUGAAAGACCCUGGAAAAAAACCUUACAAUGAUCUGUUGAAUGUUCAGCAGCAUUGAGCAGAAGAGGGUAUUUACAUUUCAGGUAAGCAUUCAUAGUCUUAAAGAAAGGAAGGAGGGGCAGGAGGAGGUGUUCCAAUUUCAGCCUGAAUGAAAGAAUUCUGUUCAUCAUUCACAGCUCUCACUGAAAGGCCUGAAGGACUGUUCUGAAGCAGUCUGUCUGCUGAAUGACCUCCAAGUUGUGCAUCACAAACACCCCAUUUGCCUUCAUUUGAGAUCAGUUUGCUCUAUGAGCUGCCCUGCUGGCAUGCACUGUGGAGUUCUAGGAUUCAUGGGAGCCUCUAGAAGGGGCCCUGAGAGGCACAUAGGAGAAUGGGAGGGACUUGGGUGAGGUAUGUUCACCAGAUGUCUGCCAUCGUGGCCUUAGGAACACAAGAACCACAGGAACUAUGACCCAGGACUUCUGCCGUGAGCUCUGGCAGUAGCCUGGGAAGGGGUCAAUAGUUGAUUUAAGCAAGUAGCAUAGAGAGUCUCAGAGACACCUUUUUCUUCAAGGAGAAAGGAGCCAGCCCUAUAUGAUGCCUUUCCUGCUGUUAAGAAUAACUGAUCAGUUAAAGAUCAGAGUAGAUUAAAUAAGUAACAAGUGAAAACAAAAAAAGUACAAAGAUAGAAGCAGGUAUGGUUGAGCUUCCCAAUUCAGAUGCUGAGUUACUGGAUUUUCCUGACAUUUGGGUGGAUACUAAACCGAAUACUAAACCCUGUGAAAAGAAGGAAAAGGAAGCUGUCCUUCAUAGCCUAGGUGUUACCUAAUAGGUUAUUAGAGCUAUAUCUCAGGAAAAAUACUGGUUUAAAAUAUCUGAUGACAGCUGGUCUCUAUGCCAAUGGCAUGUUUUGGACAAAGAAAUUACAAAUCCACAGGGAGAUCAAAUUAUACACUAUUGUAGAUUAGGAAUUGUUCUUGCUCUGCUUAGUUAGGAUGGGAUUGGAUAGCUUUGGUAAUUUUUGCCAUGCUUAGUCCUAUUAUGGAUCUUUCCCUUCUCCACAGGAAGCUUCUACUCCUUAUCUGUUUCUCAGGAUAAAACACGUUUGUAAGAAAACCGUGCACAGAUACCAGUUUAAAGCCCAAGACAAGUCAUGCAGCUCCCUGGAGGAGUCCCUGGCCUUGGACUUGCCCUUUAACAUGAAAGAAAAUUUCCACCUGGACAGUGCCACUGUGUGUACCAGUGCUCCAGGGCUCUCAAAAAAAUUGAUUAAGAAAUGGAGUAGAAAGAUUAUUCCUAUUUAGUCUCUCAUGCCAUUUCAGCAUCUCAAAGCAUAUGAUUUCUGUUCACAGUCACUUGAGGUUAUCCCUUGUCUUUCAGGAGCUAACAUGAUGAAGUUGGCAGCUGCUUGGAAAAUGAUUAUUCAUCAAAUGCAUCAAGCUUGAGCAAACUCAGCAUCAUGAGAGAAAUCAUCACUCUUUCAGAGAAGGAUUUCAGAAGAUCUCAUGAUUUGUGGUCACAGUAUUUUUGUUCGUAUACAUUACCUCCAUAAACAUCAAUGUUAUAUUGAAAUUCUUCUGUAGCAAAAAUGAGUGUCUAUAGAACAUUCCAAUGCUAAAUAAAAGACGUGGUUCAGUACUUGGGCCAAUAUUUUCAUAUAGAUUAGGGUAGAGAAAUUAGGAAAGGGAGAAAUCUUUCAAAGAGAAAUGUGGGUGUACAUUCCCACAUUAAACUGUUUAACUUGGGAGGUGGUGGGGGGCACAGAAUAGGUUUUUUGUACUCACUUACUGAAAUUACUUUUGAAUAAUUUUAUUUGGGAGAACACUGUGUUCUAUAUGAUAAAACCAGACACACAUAUUACUCAAGAAAAGGAAUUUGCUAAAAUAAACUUAACAAACUUAACACUGAGAGGUUUUUUUGGUUUUGUUUUGGGGUUUUUUUGUUGGUUUUCUUUUCCAAAAUAAAUGUAUAGUAUCUUACUGUCCAUUACCUACAAUAUUCAGCAUUUUUAAUAUGCAUUUUUAAGAAUGACACCAUUAGCGCAGAGGAACCUCAAAGGGGUUUGAGGGUUGCUCUCAACAGAUGCUGCGUGUAAGAAUAAGACAGGCAAAAAACUACACAUCUUUCAAAGCCCAAACGUAUCUUUAAAUUGAAGGCUGCACUCUGAAAUAAUUUUAGAUAGCUUUCUAUCUUAGGAAAGGUUUAUGAUUAACAGAUAUGUUAUUUGUACUUUCUAGCAGUGCCUGUUAAUGCCCACAUUUGGAUCUUCAAAUUUUCCACUGUGUACUUUUUGUCUGCAGAAAACCUUGGACUAGAGAUAAGGCCAUUUCAAAAAAUGUAUUUCUAGCAGCUCAGGCUUCCAGUCCACCAGUCUGGGCUUGAGGCUGUGUCAAGAUCAUGAAGUACAUACUGUUUGUCACCUUUGUUGGUGUGGCUGUUGCCUUCCCCAUUGACGCUGCCGCUGAUGAUGAUGAUGACAAGAUUGUGGGAGGCUACACCUGUGCAGUGAACUCUGUCCCCUAUCAGGUGUCCCUGAAUUCUGGGUAUCACUUCUGUGGAGGUUCCCUAAUCAACAGCCAGUGGGUAGUGUCAGCUGCUCACUGCUAUAAGUCUCGCAUCCAAGUGCAGCUCGGGAAACAUAACCUGGCACUCACAGAAUCGUCACAACAGUUGAUUAGUUCAGCUGAAGUAAUCCGCCACCCUGGCUACAGCUCCAGAACACUGGACAAUGACAUUAUGCUCAUCAAACUUGCCAAACCAGCCCAGCUCAACCGCGCUGUCCAAACCAUUCCUCUGCCUACCAGCUGCGUGGCCACAGGCACCACAUGCCUAAUCUCUGGCUGGGGCAACACACUCAGCAAUGCCAAUGCGUAUCCAGACACACUGCAGUGCCUGAAGGCUCCUGUACUCUCCUCAAGCCAGUGCACCAAAGCCUACCCUGGGGAAAUUACCAAGAACAUGAUGUGUGUAGGAUUCAUGGAGGGAGGAAAAGACUCCUGCCAGGGGGAUUCCGGUGGUCCAGUAGUCUGCAAUGGGCAGCUCCAGGGCAUUGUUUCCUGGGGUAUUGGAUGUGCGCAGAAAGGCUAUCCCGGGGUUUACACUAAGGUUUGCAAUUAUGUCUCCUGGAUCAAAGCAACUAUGUCUGCCAACUGAGACACUCUCGUUCUAUGUGACCCACUUUUUCUCCUCAUCAUUUUCUUUUGUUUUGGGACUGGGCAUACAAAAAUUAUCAAAAAAUAAAGACUUU